UGCAUGUACAACGAGCGCAGUUGUUGAAACGGCGUCAGUGGUUUUAGCGUGCUGAAGUGCGACGUUGUAACGCUACUCUGAAUUAUACAGUGUACCAAUAACAACAGCAGACACCAUGACUGACAGAAAGGCAGUGAUAAAGAAUGCUGAUAUGUCUGAAGACAUGCAGCAGGAUGCUGUGGACUGUGCCACACAGGCCAUGGAGAAGUACAAUAUAGAGAAAGACAUUGCUGCCUACAUCAAAAAGGAGUUUGAUAAGAAGUACAACCCGACAUGGCAUUGCAUUGUGGGACGAAACUUUGGCAGCUAUGUGACUCAUGAAACAAAGCACUUCAUCUACUUCUACCUUGGUCAAGUGGCCAUUCUGCUUUUCAAGUCAGGCUGAGAAUCGACAGUCACUUUCCAUCACAAAUGUUUUGAGCUUUAGCUCCAAAUCUGGACUGGGAUGUACUGAAGACUGAGGCCACAUCUCUUACACACUAUACAUAAAACAUAACAUACACUCACACAUGAGAGAAUAGCUAUGAAGGCUGUGCAUAAGCGCAUGGACCGUGUACAAUAUUUGAUUUGUAUAUGUUGCAAUACAAUUGCUUUUCUGUAGUUGCUCCUGAGUUAAAGCAACUGUUUUUGUGAGUAUUUUUUUCGAAGUUGCAUUUUCUUUUUGCACUGAAGUUGUACAAAAUGCUUUGACUGCUGCCUUUAAGUAAUAUUAAAGAAUGAUUCAUCAUG